UAUUCUAUUUCUCUCUCUCUUCACAUGAUGAGGAUGCCUUCAAUUAAUGUGUCUGUGCAGCUUUUGCGUUCUCCAAGCAGACACUAAAGCUACCAAAGCCUUUAAACUAAAAAUCCUGAACUGUCCUUUGCUUUCAGCCUUCUCUCCCUUUUAUCCCUUGCUCUCUGUAUAUAGAGAAUGGAGAGGGUUCAGCAGAGACGAAAAACUCCAUCUUUCUCUUCGUCUCUUCUUGAUUCUGCUCUUCGUUCCAUUGACGAAUCAUCUGGCGAGCGGCAGCAACUCCUCAUGUCGAAGAAGCAAGGCGGUGCUGAGGAGGAGGAGAUAGCGAGUGUGAGACGAGCGAUGAUGAUCGAGAAAUGGAUGAGGAAGCAGAGCGGUGGAAGUUCGGUGAGUUCCGUGGUUUUUAAUUCCGGUUCGUCGUCUUCAGAGUCGAGCUGCGGAGGGAUCUUCUCGUCGUCGGAAGCGGAGACGAGCAGCGGAGGGAGAUCUUGUUUUACUCCACACAGGUCGAAGUAUGUUCCAGUAGCGGCCUCCGCCGGAUCGGAGAGGUCUAGGAAGGUUGCGAAAUUGGCGGAGCAGAGAAAUUCGGCGCCGAAACUGGGGGAGAAUCAUGGCGGUCGAGGAGGAGGAGGCGGAGGAGGAAGCUUCUUGAAGACCAAAUCAAAGGCGCUGAAAUUCUACGGCGAUUUGAAGAAGGUGAACCAGCCGAUAUCGCCCGGACGCCGGAUCGCGAACUUUCUCAACUCUCUGUUCAGCUCCGGGAAUGCCAAGAAAGCGAAAAUGUGUUCGUUUGAAACUGUUGACGACAUGAGCUCAGAGCGGAAAGUGGUGAAGUCAGUGCAGGAAUCAACCUGUUCAUCUGCCUCCUCGUUUUCUCGAUCUUGUUUGAGCAAAACGCCUUCUUCUUCAAGAACCAAACUGAAGAGAUCCGUGAGAUUCUACCCGGUGAGCGUCAUCGUAGACGAAGAUUGCCGUCCGUGUGGCCACAAAUGCCUCUACGAAGACGAUCCGAGCCUAAUGCCGACACUUACCGCCAAAAACAUUCCACAAACAGCUUGGCUCAAAGGAGAGCUCAAUGAGAAAAACACUUCUCCAGCUAAUAUCGCAGACAUGCGCCAAAUUGUAAGAGACUAUCAGAAGAAGAUUUCUCACGAAUUCAAAUUGGCAGAUCUUUGCCACAAUGAAGACGAUGAUGACGACGACGACGACGACGACGCUGAGAGCUAUUCGAGCUCUGAUCUCUUCGAGCUCGAUCACAUUGCGAUCGGAAGGUACCAGGAGGAGCUUCCAGUGUACGGAACCACUUAUUUGGGAACAAAUCAUUCCCAUCGCGCUUGAUUCUCUACUUUAACAUGGAUGGUUUGGAAAACAGAAAAUCAAUGUUCAUCAAUGUACAUUACUGGUUUGUGGAAAUUCAAAUAAAAAAAAAAUGAAAGUCUUUUUUGAACAGAAAA